UCUCACCCGUCUCACCCUCUUCCCCUAUCCCACUUACCCCUCUUCCUCUUUCUUCUGCAAUUCCUGCAGUCUCGCUGGAACCGGCUUCUCCUAUAGCUGUUCCACUUGUGAAUUUGACCUUCAUGUCCAUUGCGCUUACAUGCCUGUUCCCCCAUCACCAUAUCCUAGUUUUCCUAUCCCAAAUCCUUCUUUCCCUCAAGAAUCGCCGAGUUUUAGUCCUCCCCAAUAUGUUUACUGGCCUGAAAAUACUACCCAUGAAUCUGUUUCCAUGAAUUGUCCCAACCAACAAUACAAUUUACCAAACCAGCAUUCCUCUUUCCCCAACGAAACGCCGGGUUUUAGUCCCCAGUGUGCUUACAGGCCUGAAACUACCGCCACCCAUGAAUCUUUUGUCAAUGGUCCUAACCCCAUCCCACCACAAUACACUUCACCAAAUGAAGCAUUGUCAAGUUUGAAUGCCCCAGUGGGAUUGGCUAAUCAACCAACACAUGCUCCAUAUGCUGGUGCAAAUCAACAGUACUCUUUUUCCCAUGAAACACCAAGUUUCAAUCCUCAAUAUGCUUACAUGCCUGAAACUAGUACUACCACACAUGAAUCUGUGAUCAAUAAUAGGCCGAACCCACAACACCCUUCAUCAAGUCAAGCACUUUCUUCAACAGCCAAUCAACCAACACAUGCCCCAUAUGCUGUUGGAAACCAACAAGUUCCUGUUGUCAAUGGUCCUAAGCCACAGGACUCUCAACCAAAUGAAGCCCUACACAAUUCCAGUGCUCAGACAGGUCUUGCUAACGAGGGAAAGUCACGUGCUGAUCCACCAAAUCAAACACAACCACGAAAUGUAAGGCAUUUCAGCCACCAUCAUGCCUUGCAUUUAUCGAAAGUUCAAGAGGAAGGUUACAUUCACUGCUCUGUUUGUGAUCAGUGCCUUUCUGGCUCGGCUUACAGUUGCACCAAGCAAAGGUGCAACUUUGACAUUCACAAGUCCUGCUUCGAAUUGCCACAAGAGAUUCACCACAAAUCGCAUCCCAAACACGCUCUCACGCUUCACUCAUCCCCGCCUUACAAAGAAUACAACGAAUUCACCUGCAAUGCCUGUCGUGAAAUUGGCACUAGUUUUACCUACCACUGUAAAGACUGCAAGUUUGAUCUCCAUGUCAAGUGUGCAACAUUGCUCGAAACUGUGAAACGCAAAGAUCAUGAGCACCCGCUGACUCUCUUUUAUUCAUCUCCAUACAAGAAAUCUGAAGAGGAUAGUGCCAAGGACUUGAUCUUCUACUGCGAUGUAUGCCAAUUUGAAGUCGAUGACAGCUGUUGGGUAUACUAUUGUCAAGAAUGUGAUUAUGGUACUGACUUGCAUUGUGUGACUGUUGAGAAAAGACCAGAAGAAGAAGAAACAAAGGAAUAUUCAGCAGAAGAAGCAGUUGCCAAGGCUCAGCAGCAUAUGCAAUUGCUUCAAAUUCAAAUGGAAAUGAGCAAACAAAAUGCACAGUUUAUAAGCGGAAUCGCACAAAGUUUGUCCAACUUAGUUUAGAUUUUCUGCAUUUUUUUGUUGUGUUUGGGUUGGAAAAGUAUGUUCUUGUUGGUCUGUUCUGGCCUUCUGGGUUGAUUUUGAUGUCUUUCUUGCUUUGCCUUCCUAUCUGAUUAUUGUUUACAAUUUUGUGCUCGGUGUUCGAAUCAUACUCUGCCAAAUUUGAUUAUUCAAAUAAAGUUUCAGCUUAA